GCUUCUCCACGCUGUCCCUGGCGGACCAGAUGAGCCUUCUGCAGAGUGCUUGGAUGGAAAUUUUGAUCCUUGGUGUCGUAUACCGAUCUCUUUCCUUUGAGGAUGAACUUGUCUAUGCAGACGAUUAUAUAAUGGACGAAGACCAGUCCAAAUUAGCAGGCCUUCUUGAUCUAAAUAAUGCUAUCCUGCAGCUGGUAAAGAAAUACAAGAGCAUGAAGCUGGAGAAAGAAGAAUUUGUCACCCUCAAAGCUAUAGCUCUUGCUAAUUCAGACUCCAUGCACAUAGAAGAUGUUGAAGCCGUUCAAAAACUUCAGGAUGUCUUACAUGAGGCGCUACAGGAUUAUGAAGCUGGCCAGCACAUGGAAGACCCUCGUCGAGCUGGCAAGAUGCUGAUGACACUGCCACUCCUGAGGCAGACCUCUACCAAGGCCGUGCAGCAUUUCUACAACAUCAAACUAGAAGGCAAAGUCCCCAUGCACAAACUUUUUUUGGAAAUGCUGGAGGCCAAGGUCUGACUAAAAGCUCCCUGGGCCUUCCCAUCCUGCACGUUGAAAAAGGGAAAAUAAACCCAAGAGUGAUGUCGAAGAAACUUAGAGUUUAGUUAACAACAUCAAAAAUCAACAGACUGCACUGAUAAUUUAGCAGCAAGACUAUGAAGCAGCUUUCAGAUUCCUCCGUAGCUUCCUGAUGAGUUUCUUUCUACUUUCCUCUAUCAUCUUUUCUCUUUCUUCCCACAUUUCUCUUACUCUUUGUUCUUUCUCUUUCUUCUUUCCCCCUCCAUUAUUUCUUGGCUUCUUUCAUUCCUAGUUCCCCUCUCCUUUAUUUUCUUUUCAUCCACCUGCCUGCCUUCUUUCUUUUCUUUGCCUACUCUCUUCCCUCUUUCCUCAUCCUCCCCUUUUGUUCUAAAUUUUAAAUAGCUUUAGUUGUAAAAAAAUAAU